AUGCUCACAACAAAGAUAGUCAGAGCACAUACUACACAUUUAGAUCUGGUCCCCAAAGCCCGAGUCUUUUUUCUUCCAAGACCCAACCCACUGCCUCCAAAGACAGAUGAUGCACUGUCUCGGGCGAGUACACCAGUGAUAUGUCCUGUUUCCGCACAAUGGAAGGCAGAAGAGGUGAUGGACAUUGUCGAAAGAUACGGCUACCAUGGACAAACAACAGUCACAGGAGAGUGGCUCGGUCGAUCAUCUUUCAUGCCGCUCGUACAGAUGCAUAUCACCAAAAACAAAACAAUACCCCUGGUUAUACCUGCUUUCCCAAUGAAAAGCAUCAACCGCAUGGAUAAGGUGCUAGGCGCCUUGCCGGAUCUGGGGGAAGAGCUUGGUUUGGCGAGGCUGGUGAAUCUGUGUCAAGAUAUCAAAGCUGUAUAUCCGCCUGGUGCAGUUGUGGUCAUUGUCACUGACGGACUCUGCUAUAAUGAUUUGACUGGGAUCUCUGAUGAAGAAGUUUGGGAAUAUGGCAAUCAAUUGCGAGAGAUUGCCACUCGAAAGGGAUUUGGAUGUAUCCAAUUCAAUCGGAUCAUGAAUUUACUGGGCCUUUAUCACCGCGAGAAAAUCUCCAAAUCCGAAUACGUGACACUCUCUGAUAUAUCACGAGCAGAGCUUCAUCGGAGGUACGGAAGACUUGGCUUUGAUGUGGACGUGUUUUUGAAAGACAACAAAGACUAUCUUCAGACAUAUAAUGGAUACGACAAGUUCAUGAAGACCGAUCUCAAAUUUAGUCCAGUCACCAAAGACUGUCUCGGACCAAAACAAUAUAAGAAGAGGGUCAAAAUUAUAGCAAAGGCUAUGAUUGUUCGUGGAGUGGAAUACGCAGAGCUAUUGCGCCAGGUUUAUCCAGAUUCAGUGCGCCUCUCUAUACAUCCCUCAUCGGGACAGGUGAAGCUAUCCUUUCCCUUGAUCCCCCAAAUAGACUCCUUCUCCAUGAGUCCCUGGCACUGCAGCAUUGCAGUGAGGACGGAUGGAACCUUCAUCACAGCCCAUAAGUCCUCACAUAGACAGAAAUAUGACCUUGUGAAGAGGAAAGGGCAGCCAUAUUUCUUCCGAGAACGCUCGCCGCUGUUUAAAUGGGACGUUGAAGUGGAUUUUGAGCACCAAUACGGCCAGAGCCUGGUGAUUCGGAAACAUGAUGCCACUGAGCAUCUCUCUGACUCUGACCUGGACAAGUUGGCACGUUUGGCUAUUAAGCACAAAACGGUGAAUUUUGAACAUAUUUGA